AUGACAUCAGAACACUUGGAAACGAACAAUUUGCCCCGCGUAUGUGCGAGGCGACGUGUUACAUCUGAAAAUCGCCUGACACUUUACACAUGACAGUUGUCAUCGGCUUUCCUUGACUUCUGCCCUCUUUCCGUGUCACCAAGCAACUGAACAAGCACAAUUCAUGAAAUGCCCGUACAUCCACAUAAAUUCUUCUGAACUCUGUGAUUGAUUUUUACUCGAAACACUCGAAAAUUUGCUCCGCGACUACACAGCUCUUUUUCAGACACUGCCUCGACUAUAUUUACAUCGCUAGAGUACAAAGAACCGGUUCUCUUCGCCCUAUGUUUAGAAGCGACUAAAUGUAAGGUUGUCUCUUUUUUUCUGCCAUUUAACUGUUUGCCAAACCAUCGCCACCAUCAUCCGCCGCCCGUUUGUUUGCAGACGGAGCAAAAACUGCGGCGAGACGGGGUACAGCUCCCCGAAAGAGAGCCCCCUCCUUAUCAUUUAUCACCACGUUAUCCGCGAACGACGAUGGAGGCCGAAGUGUGAGUUUUCCGAAUUGUUUUGCCUGCAAAGUUUGAACUUUGCAAUUGUUUUCUAAAAACGAUUACUUCUAGCGUAUUACCCACGAACGGAGUGCUGAAAAAGUGGACAAACUACGUGAAUGGAUGGCAAGAACGGUACUUUGAAAUAACCGAGGGAAAUCUCGUUUAUUUCAAGUCAAAAGCCGAUAAAUCACAUGGUUGCCGUGGCAGCAUCUUUCUUAAAAAUGCCAUCAUCUCGGUUUGCAUCCUGGUUUUCUCAGAAUUUAAGAAAAUUUAAUGGUUUUCAGGCUCAUGAAUUCGAUGAGUGUGAAUUUUCCAUUUCGAUGGGCGAAAAUGUGAUUUGGUACCUGAAGGCCGAGAAUUCACAGUCAAAACUUCUCUGGAUGCGGUCUGUGGUCCGGGAGACUGUGAGUUUUCAAUUAAAAUUUAAAAAUUCCAUUGAAAACCAAUGAGAAACCGUGCAAAUUGCCUCCGUUCUCUCCAAUCACUAAUCAUUUUGUCCGCCUGAGUCUCUUCGAUUUUUCCGUUCUCGUUGCGAGUAUCCUUGUUCCGUUCACAGGCCAAACACCUCGAUCCCCUCUAGAAAACACCGUCCGCCUGUUGAUCUUUUCCCGAUUUCGGCAAGUAAAUAUGUAGUUUUUAGUUUCGGACGGUGAAAAGUCAAUAGAAAAGAGAAAGGAAACGAUGAGAAUAGCAUACAAGUUGACACGUAUUCGAUUGAACAUUUUGGGAAGAAAUGGAUGGAUUUUUCGAAUGAACGAAAGAAUUUCAGGUCCAGAACGACUCGGACUACAGCUCGACGAGCACGAAGAGCCAUUCCCGCAAUCCGUCCAUCUCUUCCGUGCACGCUUCUUCGUCGACGAACCCGAAAAACGAUGAUGAAUCGACGAAGCUGUUCGCGACGAAACUCUCGGAAUUGGAGGCCUACCGAACAAUGUGUAAGGAUCAGAUGAAGUCGAUCGAGCGGCUUCUCGAGCAGGGAGGAGUCAGCUCCAUUGUGCCGCAAGCCACAAUCCUUUCGGUGAAAGCGACGCACUUGGCACUGAUUGUAAACAUUAAUCACAUUGUGGACCUGAUUAAGACCUCCAAGGUAUUCUUCCGAAGCGUCUCCGAUCUUCCGAACUCUUUGCAUUUCCAGGUCGUUCUCCCGGACACCCCGUCCACUCCUCCGACUUCUUCUUCUUCUGCUCCCCCUGUUCGGGAACCUCUGUGCGCGACCAGAAGUGUCUCCUCAUCGGGUCUCCGAAGACCGUCCGUCGAGCAGGAGUACAUAUCGGACGACAAUUCGACAAUGACCGCUUCUACCGUACUCGCGAGACCAGAUAUCGACGUGACGAGCGAUUGCGACGAAUUUUACGACGCCGACGAGUUUGACGUGGAAGCGAGGAAUGAAGAAACGACGGAGAAGAAAGAAUCAGAUGACAAAGGGAACGGAAACGAGCAGGCGACUGAAAAAGACGUAGAAGAAGAAGAAGUGACCAGCAGCAAGGGUCCUAGUUUCAGAUUAGUAAGUCUAUUUCACUGCGGUGCUUCUAAAGUCUGGAUGUAUUGCAGGAGGGAAGCCCGGUGACUGGUCACUAUGACAACAUGUCCGUCAGCCAGGAGCACGGCCUCUUCUCCACAAUCGAUAAGCUCGCAUUGGAGCAACUCAAAUACGCGCUCGCCGGAGUGGAGGACAACGUGUGGAGUCUGUUCGCCGAGGACGGUCCGAUGCGGAUGUACACCCGGCAGAUCGAAGAGGGCGGCCUUCCGGUCGACCCGCUCAAGGCUACGCACUCUGUCGACGGCGUCACCGCCCUCGAGUUUAUGCACUACUUCUACGACGCGCAGUACAAAAUGCAAUGGGAUCACACGCUCGAGGAGAUGAGCGUCGUCGAGCACAUCGCGCCGGAUUCCGUGGUUCUCCAUCAGAAACACAAAACGAUUUGGCCGGCGGCGCCCCGCGAAUCACUCUUCGUUUCGCACAUUCGACGAGUCGACGAGCACAAACGCGACGGAGCACACGAUCUUUAUAUUGUGUGCAAUCGGGAUGUUCAGAGGCAGGACGUGCCGUUGGGAAGCUCCUCGGCCGUUCGUGUCGGGCUCACCGUCUCGAUGGUCUGCGAAACGAUAGUCAAGGAUCCGCACAUCGAUCGGAAACUGACGAGAGACGAUGUCAAAUGCAAUAUUAUAUACGUUUCCCAAGGUAAAACUUUACUUUUCCGACCGGAAACUUUGAAAAAUGCAUUUACAGUUCAUCCGGGUGGAUGGGUUCCGACAGCGGCUCUCCGACACGUCUACAAAAAGGAAUAUCCGAAAUUCCUGCGAACAUUUACGGAAUUUGUGAAGAAAAAUGUGAAGGGAAAGCCCAUUUCUAUUUGAUUUCCUUCCUGUGCCAUUUUCAUGUGUUCAACAACAUACUUGUAAUUUAUAUUAUACUGUACUUAUCCUUUUUCGUGUAUACUCACUUUCUAACUCUCUUUUACUCACUUUAGCGCAUUGGUUGUGACAUUGAACAGCAUUCUAUAAAUAUGACUACGUUUUGCAUCGAAUCUUUCACGAAAUCAAUGGUAUUGGCACCAGGAAUCAGUUUUUUGAGUAGAAACAAAAGUGUGGCCUCGACACGAAAACAUUUCAGCAUAAUGUCUUAGCAUACUAAAAAAUGCGUGCUUUUCAACGUUACUCGAUAAUAUUUCUUCUGUUUUUCGUGAUUCUCUUCUUAGUUUUGGAGGAGUUUCAUCUCGGAACCGGCUACAUUUAUCUGGCCAAUCAGUACGAUCAUGAGGUGUUCCGGAAGAUCACAGUGGCCAGAGGUAUGAUACGGCGGGAAUUUGAAAUUGUUGACUUUUUCCAGAGGAAAAUGAGAAAAUUGGGUUGGUGAUUGUGUUGCAAAAUGUGACGGAUGAGGAGAAGUACAGUAUGGCGCUGGAUACGGUCAGAUGCUAUGCGAAACGGUUCGGAUACGGUUGCCACGUCAUUCACGCCGAAACGGAAAAGGAAAUCGCUGGAAAGUGUGAUCAGAAAGAUGUGGGUUACGGUACUUCCGACAGUACGCAAUGCGGCGUGUCGGUGAAUGCAGACAGUGUAUUUCCAGUUUAUGUUCCGUCGCCACUGUGUUCUUUCGCUCAAAAUGCGCUCUAUCCCCGACCAAUGGCUUCUUUUCCUCGACGGCGAUAUGGGAGUGAUCAACCCAAAUCAUCUGAUCGAAAAUUUCAUUCCCAAAGAGCAAGAGGUACUUUACUUUGAGUUUUUCGGUCCCUCACAGUAAUCAUCUUCGUUUCAAGACCCAAAUAGUGUUCUACGAUCGGAUAAUGAAUCACGAGGUGAUGGCGGGCUCUUAUUUGGUGCGAAACUCGCACUGGUCCCGACAAUUUCUCAUGUUUUGGGCGAAUUUCGAACGGAAACUUCCCGAUUCGUUCCACGGAUCCGACAAUGGAGCUGUUCAUGUGAGACUUUGAAAAAUGGUUUUUCGGAAGACCAACACUUCGAAGACCACCAAAUAUUGUGAUUUUUCGAGAAAAAAAGGUCCUUCAGAGUGUAAUCCUGGAGAAAGGACUGUCCGAACUGAAGGCUGAAAAAGAGUUUUGCGAGAGAACAUUCUGGCAAAAAUCGAAAGAUUAUUCGGAUUUGGCGACAUUUGAGGUGUGCGCGCAGCAGAUACUCAAAGCGAAUCGAGAGAAAAUGAAGGAGAUUCGCAUUUUGGAAAAGGUUUUCACUGGACGUCCCCAGAUAUAAAUAUCAAAAAUGUAAUGAUUUGAGGGAAGAUUUGCGUGGGCUCGAGACGGAUGGCUCACCAAUUCUGUGUGGUCCGAUAGCGAUUUCAUUUUCCACGGAUGGCAGAAAAAGUAUGUUCAGUUAUUGUACUAUCGAAUUGGUAGAUAUUUUUCAGAAGGAAAGACAAACUGAUAUUUGCCAUGUGGCACUCGCCGAUCGUCUACGAAAAUCCGUUCAACAUGAGCCUCUGCUCUGGCGAUAAAGCUCAUUUGAAUUGGCGGUAAUUUCAAAAACUUUUCACAUUUUUCCAAUUUCCCAAUGUUUUCAGGUAUAAAAACACGUUCAUUGGAAGCGUCGUCGACGUGGAUCGUCAGAUUCUGAGCGCAAUUCAGGAGCAGAAGCAGGACUACGAGAAACGAUUGAAUGUUGUGAACAAAUUGAAAAAACACUAA